AAUACGUGGUGAAAACACAAGAGGGGAACAACGUCAUAAGUCUUGGAGGAUAUUCGUACUACAGAGAAAAGUCUGGAAAAGAAAGACAGACUCGCAAAAGAUGGGUGUGCGCCACACACCAUGGUCGCGGCUGCCGUGGUAUGAUGUACACGGUGAAAGAAAACAUUGUGGGGCCUUCUUCGUCAUGUCUCAAAGAGGGAACAACCUUAUAAGUCUUGAAGGCUACACUUACUACCACAAGAGGAACGAGCGAGACAAAAACCAAAAGAAAAAGAGAUGGGUAUGUUCCACCCACUUCUGUCGGGGCUGUCGAGCGGUGCUGUACACGGUUGAUGACGUCAUUGUUACGGCGAAGAAGGACCAUAACCAUGAACCUACUUUGAAUAACUUUAGGAUCCCAUUAUAGGGGCUAUUGAAGAUAUUUUAUAUACUAGUCUUUAUUAUUAUUAUUACCUAGGUAUGAAUUUUAAUCCGUUUAUUACGUUUCUUUCUGUGAUGGGAAGAACUUCACGCAAGCAAAUCCGCAAGAAGACUAUACGAGUAGGAAGUUUGUAUUUUGUAUUAUGGAAAUUACAUAAAUCACUGGGAAAUUGUCUGUACUUAAUACUACGAGAAAUUGCAGUGAAAUUAUCAAUGAAAGGUCAUA